AUGGGGCACCCCGCACGCGACACCGACAGCCCGAGCACAGAUACCGCGUCGAUGAGCUCGGCCACGACGUUAUGUACACGGCGCGUGGACACCGAGAAGGACAAGGACGUCGAGGCGGGCGCGGUGUUGACUCCACCAACACCCUCUUCACCGCCGACGCCAAAGGCCGAGGAACGUACCCCCGACGGCGCGAUCAUCGUCGACUGGGACGAGAAUGACCCGGAGAACCCCCUCCACUGGCCCGCCUGGCGCAAGUACAUGACUGUCGGCGUGGUCGUCUUCAUCACCGCCCUGACGGCCAUGAACGCCACCAGCGUGGGGAUCAUGGCGACGUGGGGGGUGCAGUGGUUCGACACGACGUACACUGGUUUCGAGCUGUCUCUGACCAUGUACCUCGGCGCGCUGAGCAUCACACCGUUGAUCCUCGCGCCGAUGAGCGAGCUGUUUGGGCGCAACGCCAUUUACCAGGUCACGAGCGUCAUAACCGCCCUCCUCUUCAUCCCACAAGCCCUAUCCCGCUCCCUGCCCGGCCUCCUCGCCACCCGGUGGUUCCAGGGCAUGGCGUCCGCGGUCGGCAACUCGAUGGUCGGGGGCACGAUCGCGGACCUGUUCAACGCGCGGGACCGGGGGCUGCCGAUGAGCCUGUUUGUCUUCUUCACUUUCGUCGGCCAGUCCGGCGGGGCAUGUUUCGGCUGGAUCGGGCAGCGCGCCGGCAUACAGUGGUGCUAUGGCGUGCAAGGCGUCGCUGCGGGCGUCAGCGUACUCAUCAACAUCGUGUGCCUGCGCGAGACACGCGCAGACGUGCUCCUCGCGCGCAAGGCUGCGCGGCUGACCAAGCAGACGGGCGUGCCGCACGUCGCGCGCUCGUUCGGGCCGAAGAAGAGCAUGCUCGAGAUGCUCACCAUCACGGCGAUCCGGCCUCUGAAAUACCUCGUCACAGAGCCCAUCGUCACCUCGCUCACGCUGUGGAUCGCCUUCAACUGGGGCUGCAUCUUCCUCGGCACGUCGUCGACCCUGCUAGUCUUCGCGCAGUACGGCUGGAGCCCCGGCCUGCUCGGCAUGGUGCUGCUGACCACGCUCGUGGGCGGCGUGCUGGGCUUCGUGACCAACUAUCACCAGGAAUACCUGUACCGCCGCGCCACAGCACGCAGCGCCACGGGCCGCGCCGCGCCAGAGGUCCGCCUCUACUGGGCGGCCGCGGGCGGGCUCAUCUUCCCGCUGAGCAUGUACGGCUUUGCGUGGACCGGGCGCGCCAGCAUAUCCUGGGGCGUGCCGGCCAUGUUUCUGAGUCUGGCGCUUUGGGGCGUGUACAUGAUCAACUACCUCGCCGACGCAUACGAAACCUUCUCCUCCUCGGCGCAAGCGUCCCACUCCUUCGUGCGCAACCUCUUCGCGGCGACGUUCCCGCUGUUCGCACACACAAUGUACAAGAACCUGGGGUACGAGAUUGCCUCGACGGUCGUCGCGAGCGUGAGCUUGGCGCUGGCGGCUGCUCCAUGUCUGCUUAUUGUGUACGGGCCCGCGCUGAGGAAGCGGAGCAAGGUGGCCAGCGCGCUCGCGGAGCACUACUAG